AUUACACUCUGGACCUGGAGACAGAGUAAUCAGCAAAUUAGUAGAUACCUUUGGCACUAGAGGCCCCAGCCUAGUUCUUAUUAACAUCAGCUGAAAUAUUCCCACCUGGAAUAUUUCUUUUUCAGGUGUGGGAGCUGCAUAAUUUUUUUCCAGGAUCCCAGGAAGAUCAUGGAAGUUGUGGCUUCUGGUAACUCAUGUGAGGACUGGUGAAAUGCAGCCUUGCUUUCAAAAUGCUGCUGGAGAGGUGUGUGAUUUCUGUAACAGGUUUAAGCAGCUAUCCAGCAUCGAGGAGGUCAUUGUCAACCUGGGUGACUAUGAGCUAAAGUCUCCCUGCUUACAAAUGCUGCAGUUCCAGCUUGUUGUGGUGCACUUGGCCCUUGUGAUUACCCUGCUGCAGUGGCAUUCUAUCUCAGUGCUCCUUGUGGGGGCAGCUUCAGAGCCUUUGGAACCUUCUGUUGCUCUGGACAUGAGAGCACAUCCCGUUGCCAGUGGACAGAAGUCAGCCACCAACCUGGCAGCCAAACUAUUCCUUCUUGAUGAGCUGGUGUCUCUGGAGAAUGAGGUGACUGAGACCAAGAAGAAAAGAAGUUUCCCAGGAUUUGGGUCCCCGAUUGACAGAAUUUCUUCAACCUCUGUGGAUGUUAAAGGCAAGCAGAGGAAAGUGGUUGAGCUGCCUAAGAGACGUUUUGGAGUUCCUCUUGACCGGAUUGGAGUGAGCCAUCUUAGCAGCACCAAGGGUUAGCAGUUCCUGCAAGUGCUUCUGUUCUGAAUGACUGACGCUGUAUUGGAAACAUUACAGGAAUUCAGAAGAUGCAUCACAACUUACCUUGUCAUUGACUAAUGAUACAGUACUCAAGGAAUUGACCUCCUGCAAAAUUUUUUCACACUGCAUUUUACAAAUGUUACAUUUACAAAUAAUAGCAUUCAAUUCAUCAAGUCAUAAUGCUCUCACAGUUGUGCACAGUGUUACUGAUAGGAGGGGACAGAAAGUAUGUAUAUAAUUUAAUUGCAUGGCAUUUAUUUCUUAAACCAGCAGAACUUCAUUAUCUUAGCAAGGACUGUUAGAUUUUUUUAGAUUGAAAAUAAAGCCUCCAGAGAUGCCAAAAGCA